AUGCCCGUAGUACAGGAAACAGCAUCAGAAGAAUCUGACAAGCCUACCAUGCCUCUUUCAUCUCAUGGCCUCACCCUUCAAGUGGACUUUGCCUGGUCAAAGUUUCGCAACAUAGUAGCUUCUAGGGGCGCUGGUGGAGAGCUCACGCCACUCUACAUACAACAUUUCCGUCCUGCAAAGCCUCAAUUGCGCUUUGAGCGUGCAACAGAUCACACGAACAUCGCCAAAGGCACCAUUCACAGUUUCUCGAUCAGCGGAGACUGUAUAAUUCACGGCCGGGAAAUAAUCCUGAAACCUUUGAAGCGAUGGAAAACCGAAUACAACUACCUCUCGCACGCGCUCGGUGGCACACCAGUAUCUUGGAUAGCCAACAGUACCCUGAAGGUCUGGGACUACGUAUGCAUCAACUCAGCUACUCAGGAGCCUAUCGCAAAGCUCAGUGUGAAUUGGUGGGCAUUGAAACAAGUCGGAAACUUCUACUUUGACAAGACAGAAGAGGAGGUUUCAGAGAGCUUAAGAGACGAAGUUGUCAUAACAGGGCUAACUUUGCUGUAUGUCAUGACGACGAGAAUGAACAACCCAAUACAUCUGCUAGGUGCAGCAUUCGCGAAGCCAGGUAAGGUUGAGGGCAAUGAGGCUCAAGCAACAGUUCCGCAGGAUGCUCGGGAGACGAAUGGUAAACUGAAGAGCACAUGA